UUAACUUUGAUAAAUAAUUAAAAUAUAAGAUGGAAAACAUAAUCGAAGAUUUUAGUGUCCCAAUGGAGGCUAGUCGCCAUUCAGUAAGGGAAUCUCGUAUUAAUGAAAAUAUUCUGGUCAAAGAUAAAGGCCGGGUAAUGCAUGCAGAAGUUCAAUCAUGAAGACUUGAUAGAUUAGGCCUCAAGCGCCCGAUCAAUCAACCAGCUAUGACGUUUGGCUCAUUAAAGGCUGAAGAUCUUGUCCUAUCAAAGGUUGAAGUAAAAAAGGAAAAUCCUUGCGCAUCCCGUUUACUUUACCCUAAAUUGGAGAAGACAGCAAGUGGUUCCUCUAGCAAGAGGAAAUUUCAACAGUUUAAGUUAAGACAGUCCUCGACGGCUUUGAUAUAAUCUAAUAACUUUCAUGUGAAAUGACUGUCUUGGGAGACCUCUCUUCCCAAACCCCCCAGCCCCAAAAUCCCUUGUCAACCCCUACUACACAACCCCAUUGUUCUAUCUCCUAAAUCCCCAGUCAGACUUCUCCAUUCCUUCAUAAACUUGUGGGCUACAGCCACUGGGCUCACACAGGGGAGGAAGAAGCAGUAGGAUUUGUACUGGAGUGAUUCAUAAAUUGGAUUUUCCACAGAAUUAGAAAGAUAGCGAAGGAAGGAAAUAAAUCGAUAGAGAGUAAUCAACCGAAUGGGAGUAUUUAUCCUUAAAGAAGUUAAAAGUAAAUCUAAGAAGUGAUAGGGGCAUGCUUCAGGAAUUUUAUGAUAAUCUGCUGAGCGAUGAUUCAUAGUUGAGUACUGGGAAAUGGCCAAAGGGAUUUGAGAUGUAUGAUGACAAAAAUAACCAAAAAAUAAAAAAAGACUCCAGAGAUUGGUUUUAGCUAGAUUAUAGGGUUAAAACUGCUGUUUUACAAUAAUUUGAUCCCUUUGGAAGCAAGCCCAACUAAUAGAUUUUAUGAAACUAGUCAGAAAUUAUGAAUAUAAUUUCAGAUUUCAGCAAGUAGUAAGCUAUCUUUUUAUUAAAAAAUCCGGAUUUGUAAUCCUCUUUACUCACGAAUUUGACUGCCAAGGAUGCUGACUUAACAAUGAGGAGUAAAUUAGUUAAUUUUACAGUAAGUUUAGACGAGACCAGCAUGAAUCUAGUCUUAAUAAAGCAUGAACAUGAAGAUUGUUAUAUAGGAAAUAGGAAAUAUUUCAUAUUAUGCUAGAAGCCUAGGUUGUCUUUCACAGUGAAAUAUUGCUUAUCUUAAAGCUUCUAAGCCCGCUCUUGGGAGAAAUAGGAAUUUCUAACUUGGCAUAAUUUCUAUGAAAGUAACUCAAGACCUUAAUAGUUUAUGUCAAUCCCAAAAACUGACCUUCGCGAAGCUUAAAGUAUUAUAUCCUCAUUCAGCUUAUGAAAAAGAGGUCUUGUGUGUGCCAUUUUCGUUUAUUUUAUAAUAAAAGGAAGUAGCCUGAGCGAGAUCACCAGAUUUAGAGGACUAAUAUUUCAGUUAAUAUCAGCUAUAAAAUAGAGAUUCAUGGAUUGCACUGAAAUCUUUGAUUAUGUAACCUAGGUUGCUACUAGCAUAAAUAUGGCCCUUUUUAUAAAUCAUAGAGACUUCCUGACCUCCUUCGGGCCUUAAUCACUGUUUCUAAUAGAUUUUGGGCUAAUUCUUAAAACCUCAUGUGCUACUAAGAUCAUUUUUAAUCAAAGAUUCAUCAUAAAAUUAAAACAUUAAGUGGCUGUACUGGGAUGGGAAUUAUUGGUGACUAUAAUAAACCUCCUCAUAGACAUAUUUCUUACUCAGGUUAUAUAUUUCCACAGAUGUCUGAGACUAUGGCUUAAAUUUAGAGUUCUUUAAUGUCCUCUCACAUUCUGUUGAAGUGUUUUUAUACAUCUUGGAAAGAAAAAGAUUUUCCUAAUUUAUUCAAACCCAGAAUAUUGGAAUAGGUGAAAUACAAAAGAUGACACUACUCCGGCUUCCCUAAGGUUCAAUUUGCAACUUUAGUAUUUUGCAAAAUUUUAUGGUAGCAAAUAUUCUAAUUUAUUUCCUAAGGGCCAACAAACUAUAAAAUUCUCUUAACCUAUACAUGAAAAUAUUACUUUGAUUCCUUAAUAAAAACGCUUGAAAUACGAUUCCCAAUCCCCAAAACGAAAGGCCAAACUGCUAUAACACAAAAUCCCUCCAUAAAUCCACUAAAACUUCCUCCUAAACCUCUCCACUUGCCCUCUAAAUCUCCUUAAACCCCAUUCUAAAAAGCCACCACACCUCCUUGUGCCCUCUCAGGCCUCUUCACGCCUCAAAGAUCCCAUCUC